AACAAACCCAACGGCCACAGGAGAAGAGACAGCUGCUCAGCCCGUCCCUCAAGGCGCUGUGGGAGAUGAGGGUGAAGGCAGGGAACGACGCGGGACUCCCGUGUACAACAGAGGAGGAGCUGCUCCAAAACCCAGCCAUAAGGCCCGAGGACGUGCUCGGCCUGCAGAACAUCACUGAGAAUUACCUCUGCAGUCCAGAUGACAAUGUGCACAAGAUCGACUUUACUAGGUUCAAAAUCAGAGAUAUGGAGACAGGGACUGUUCUUUUUGAGAUCACCAAGCCUCCCUCUGCAGACAGUGCAGAGGACAGAAAGGACAUUGACCCCAAUGCUGGACGUUUUGUGCGUUACCAGUUUACUCCCGCCUUCCUGAGACUACGCAAGGUCGGAGCCACUGUGGAGUUCACAGUAGGAGACAUUCCAAUCAACAACUUCCGCAUGAUUGAGAGACACUACUUCCGGGGGCAGUUGCUGAAGAGCUUUGACUUUGAGUUUGGCUUCUGCAUCCCCAGCAGCAAGAAUACCUGCGAGCACAUCUACGAAUUCCCUCCCCUCUCUGAGGACCUCAUACACGAGAUGAUCCUGCACCCAUAUGAGACUCAGUCUGACAGCUUCUACUUUGUGGACAACAAGUUGGUGAUGCACAAUAAGGCAGAUUACUCUUACACUGGUGGAACAUAGGAUCUCUCUCCGUGCUGAGCAUGCUCAGAAGCAUGGACAGAUACGUCACAGGCUGGGAAGUAAAGCAUUAGCGCAGACUGAGAAUAGGUCCCUAAUCCAGUCUGGGAAUGCUUUUUUUGGUGAAAAACACCCAAGCUCAGGGUUUGUGUGCAUGGAUGAGCGCAUGUAUGUGUGCCAGAGCCAGAGAAAGAAAUUGGCACUUACUGAGCACACAGCAUGUGUACAGAAAUAGUCCUAGAUUUUUUUUUUUAAAUUAUUGCCAACAACAUAGUGUGUCUCUGUGUUUAUGUAUGUGAGUGUAUAGGCGUGCCUGCAUUCAUGUGCAUUAAUAGUCUGCAUGACACAAUACGUUUUUUUUGUUUUGUUUUGCUUUGUAAUUUUUUAUAUAGAGAGUUUAUUCCUUUAACAUCCACACAAUCAGAAUAUAUAUACAUAUGGAGUGUGAAUACAGUGGGGUCCAAAAGUCUACUGAUGAAAAUGCUUAUAUUUUGCAUUGCUUUCUAAUUUAAUACAGUAUUUUUCCAUUAAUUUGGUAUGUUCCCCCUUUUGCCUUAAUGACAGCGUGCUCUCAAGCUAGCAUGGGCUCCACAAGUUUGUGCAAAAGCCUCUGAUAAGUAGAUCAAAUCCACAUAUGAAUGUAUAUUUCAAAGGAAGACAUCCAUCCAUCCAUCCAUCCAUCCAUCCAUCCAUUUUCUAAGCCGCUUCUCCGUCAGGGUCGCGGGGGGGUGCUGGAGCCUAUCCCAGCAGUCUUCGGGCGGAAGGCAGGAUACACCCU